UUCUAUUUGUUUUCGGCGCAAAUUGAAAUAAAAAUUUACUAAUUACGUCACUUAAGUCUAUUGUAUAAAUGUUUGUGUUAAGUAAAAAAAAGUUUUAGUCGAGUUUGCAAGACUAGUUAUGGUCCACUGUAAUUUUGACAGUUAAAAGCUGAAACCUGAAACAGUCAUCAUAACCUUACACUUACGGUUUUCAGUUUUAUUAAAUACAGUCCCUAUGGCCACCUCGUCCCAAAUCGAGACCUACGUAAUUGACGACGACGAGGAGCCCCACACCUCCGACCUCGACGAAGAAGAGAACCGUUUCCACAGCAUAAACUCCGCUCUAGACAAGCAAAUCGCGCAAGACAUGGAAGCCAUCCGCAACUACAUCUCCGAAGCCCCCCCGUUUGACCCCAUGAAGAAGCGGAUCGAGUUUUUCAACAGUAUGGAUACAUCGCACAUCGACCGGUACGUGGACAGGACCGUGGACCCCAUUUUGUGCCAACACACGGGUCUGGGGACCAUCAAGUGGCACACCUGCACCCAAUGCGACUUCAAAGCUGAAAACAAGGCCCAGUUGCGGCAACACGUCAUCAUCAAACACACCGAGUUGGGGAAAUUGAAUUGGUGUGUGUGUCAACACUGCGAAUUCGUGUGCCCCACCGAGGCCGACAUGGCGAAGCACAGAAAGGGGGCGCAUGAGAACAGGUGCAAAGACUGUGAAAUGGUGUGCGCGACGGAGCCCCUCAUGUUGAGACACAGGGCGCAGGAGCACGGGCUGGAAGUGUUUGAUUGUAAACGGUGCGAUUUUGUGACCGAAGUGAAGGAAGAUUUGACAACACAUAUUUUGACACAUGCCAAGUUGAAUUUCAGUUGGUAUAAAUGUGAAAAGUGUGUGUAUAGAACGGUCAAAAAGGCCACUUUAGACAAUCAUAUAAAGCGAAAACAUUCAUUUUUUUAGUUUAAGAAUUUACAAUCAGAAUUUUUGAUUUACUUCUAUUUUUUACCUCAAAUAAAAUACUAAGAUCGCA